UACAGCAGUCACCACACUAUAGAAAGCUUGGAGUCCAGCACAUCCUAUAGGUACAGACUGAGAAUCACAAGACCAACUGGGGAGUCCCUUUACAGCCCGGCUGUGUCCGUCUCUACCACACAUGAGUAUACUGUACACAGUACUCUUUCAGUUGACAUUUCUGCUUUAUGAAAAUGAUAUGCAUUUAUGUUCUUUGACACAUAUAAUGUCAUUCAGGUGAGCCUAUGAGUGGGAAGAACCUCCAUCGUGCUGACAACAUGAAUGAUGAGGAGGAGCUGACCAGAGUGUUGCAGUCUGGGUGAGUGAUGAGCAGAUAGACCAGGUACUCUUAUGGUUAAUGUCAUGCUUUAUUUCUCUCCAGGACAAUCAAUGUGAACGUCAAUGACAAACACGUAGUGAAGUACCUGAGGAUGUUUGGGGCCACGUGGCAGUCCCAGGACAUGGGGGGGCUGUACCCCCCUCCACUGGGCAGCUGA